GAUUUGAUUUCCGUAAACACCGGUGCCAGGUCAACAAUAGGGAAGAUCAGACGAUAUAAUGUAAUGUUUCUAAGAUAUACACAGUUUCAAACGAAGACAGCAUAACCCCGUGCUUUGUAAAAUUUACAUGAAAAUGCAGCGCAUGAUUGGAUAAAGUUUGGUGUUAAGAUAUCGGUUUUAAAAGAUGAGUGCUUUAACUAUCUUAGCUGAGGAGUGUGAACUUCUGAAUGAUUCCAAGUACAGGAAUUAUAUCACUCAGGUUGAGAAAGCUCUCAGAAGCUUUGAGAAUACCAGUGAAUGGGCAGAUCUUAUAUCAGCUCUAGGGAAGUUAAAUAAGGUUCUGUUGGCUCAUGUGAAGUACCCAGUGAUACCAAAGAGGGUGACAAUAGGCAAACGUCUAGCACAAUGUUUACAUCCAGCUUUACCAAGUGGUGUCCAUCUGAAAGCAUUAGAAACAUAUGACAUCAUCUUCAAAUGUAUAGGAACACAGAGAUUAGCCCAAGAUCUGUUUGUUUACAGUGCUGGGUUGUUUCCUUUACUCAGCCAUGCAGCUAUGAAUGUCAAACCUGUGUUAUUGUCAAUAUAUGAGAGACAUUUUGUAGCCCUGGGUAAACACAUUAAACCUGGUUUAAAUGGAAUGUUGUUAGGUUUAUUACCAGGUUUAGAGGAGGGUUCAGAGCAUUAUGACAGGGCCAACAGUUUAUUGGAAGACCUAUGUGAACAGGCUAAUGCUGAGUACUUUUACACCUGUUUAUGGGAGUGUAUAAGAUCCUGUCCCAGUGUCAGAUUACCAGCUAUAACAUUCCUGGUCUCACAUUUUAACAAAAAGAAAUCAAUGGAAGAUCAGCUGUACAUGAUGGGACUAAAUAUUGACCUUUUGGUUGAGGCUGUAUGCAGUGCUGUACAAGAUACUGUUGUUUUGGUUCAGAGAGUAUUGCUGGAUUUCCUGUUGCUUGCCUUCCCAAUGCACAACAGUCAGCUGACAAAGUCAGACAUGUCUAAAAUUGUCAAAGCUGUAACCAAUGUUCUUCUUCGUAGAGAUAUGUCUUUAAAUCGGAGACUUUAUACUUGGUUUCUAGGUAACUCUGGUACAGGACAAGUUGUCAUGGCAACAGAAAUAGCUAAGAAACAACAACGUAGUGAUAGUAUAUCUACUACAAGUGAAACAGAUGUCAGUUAUUUUCACUUGUACUCGAAAGAUCUUUUGGUUCAAGCUUUAAAAAGCAAACUAGCAAAUGUUGACAGUGACACAUCUUUCUUAACGGGUAAAAUAUCCAUCUUUAAACCAUUCCGUAUUUUAAUGAGUUUGUUAGACAAACCAGAAAUUGGACCUGUUAUUUUAGAAAAUGUACUUUUAUCUGUUUUAAGAUGCCUUUAUAAAGAAUGUAAACAGUUAGAUAUCGUGCAGUCUGCAGAAGUUAAAGCGUCAGAAAAUCGUCACAUGCUUAACAAACGGAAUAGAACAGAAUAUGAGAAGGCAUCCAUGACAAAAGCAGAAUUGAUAAAGACUUCAAAUCUAUUAUUUAGUACAUUUGAGCCUUAUUUUAUAUGGGACUAUUUAGCCAGAAUGUUUGAAAGUUCCUGUCUAGCAGGGCAUUCUGGGAAGAAGCUUGAAAGGACAAUGUCUACAGUAGAAAUGGAUAUUCCUCCAUUGCAGGAGUUUUGUACACUGGUAGAGUUCUUACUAGAGGUUAUAUCAUUGAAUUGUCAGUUGUUUAUCGGAGAGACAUUUUUGGAGACCCAGACAGAACAUUUACCAGAACUGUUACGAAGAAUCACAUUGAGUCUUACACACCAUUGUGAUGAUAUCAAUGAUACAGACAUCAAAUCUACUCUACAGCUCUGUUCAAAACUUCUGGCCAAAGUCCAACCUAGUAUGAAGGUCAUAGAAAUGAAAGAAGAGGAAGACGAUGCAUUUCCAGGUGAUGACAUAAGUUUAAAGGACUUUCAGUACCAAACAGAUCAACACACCCAAGAAAAACAUAGCAGUACAAACGCCACUGAAACCAUUGAAGAUUCCAUAAACAAUGAACCUAGAAUAUCAAGUGAUGAAAAUGACAAUCUUAAAGCUAACCAAUCAGAGGAAGAACAGAGGGACAAUGACAAAGUUUUAACCAAUGAUGUUCAAGCAAAUGGCGAUGUUGCUGAUUAUAUACAGAAAUCAGAAGAAUUCCUACGCAAUAGUGUUCCAAGAUCUGUCAGUAACUCAUCCAUAUCAAAAAGAAUUAGUGGACCUAUAAAUUUGAUGCAGAAUUGUGUUGAAUGCUUUCAAAUGUUCUUCAACACAUUUGCAACUUGUAAAAUAUUAAAAAGCGAAUCAUUAUCCAAUAGAUGUGUGCAGUCCCUUACCUUGCCACAAUAUUCUCGGAAAUCCAGCAGUUCAGACUCUUCGUUGUAUGAUUGUUCUAUAAAUAGCAAAGAUGGGGAUUCCAAAGGGAACCGAUCAGAAACAGUGUCACAGUUAAAUUUAGAUUUGACAGAUGAUACAAUAGAUACAUACACUUGUGCAUGCAAGCUGUUGUUGGAGUUUUCCAGCUUCCCUAUAUACUGUACAGACUUCCAUAAGAUGUUAUAUAAAACAUGUAGUCAAGAUGAAAGUUAUCAUCUUCCUCCAUGGUUACAAGAUCUGAUGACCUGUGCCUGUUUUGUAAACAACUUUAGUAUCCAGAGCUCCUCUAUAUCGGCCAUGUUGGAUUUGAUCAUCCUGACCCAAUCUGUCCAGUCAGCCAGUGACAGUUCUGAAGGUUCUAAGCUGUAUUGUGAGGGGAUGGUUUCUGUAUUAAUAUUACCUGCCCUACCACCAGUCCACUUAAAGUUUAUUGAUGAAAAAACAGGUUUUUAUAAGGGAAUUGCAGAAAUUCUGUGGGAUUAUCUAGCAGAAGACAAACAGCGGUACCAUCAGAGGAGUGUAGAACUGUUUAAUCUUCUACAUCAAGUGGCGCCCUCUAGCUGGACAUGUGAAGAUGUGAUAGGACAAUCUAUGGUGUCAAGUGACGAGAAACGAAGAAUUUCUGCUUUUAAAAAGUUUACCAUUCUAUGGCAUAUCACAAGAGACAUCAGAUCCGACAUGACACCUGGUCAUUCACCAAGAACUUUUGAUAGGUCAAUGUUUGUGCUGUUAGACAGUCUGAAGGAGGACACCAGUGCAAUGAAGACUAUAACCAGUCAAUGGUUGACACAUAUAGUACAACGUAAUGAUAUCAGUCGAGUGUUUGUACCAUUGUUGUCCAUGCUUCUACACCCAGAUACUGCUAGAGUGUCAGUACAACAUGUUAAUUUUCACAAACCUAAGAAAAUCAAACUUUCUGAGUCAAAUGAAGUUGAUAAUAGUGAGGCACAGAUCUACGCUAUAAGUAGUGAAGGUGGUAAUAUCAUAUAUCAUGUUAAUACAGACAGUAAAAAAAUGUCGGGAAAAUCAGCUGAAAACCUGAAGUCUCUCUCUAUGGUCAUGAGCGAUCGAGGUAUGACAACUGUGGCCCCUAGUGACAAUGACUUUUCAUUUGACAAGGUCAGACCUGAUGACCUUAACCUUCGAUUGAAUCCAUUUGGGUCAGAGAGUUCUUUGGAUAGUAGGGAAAGUUUUGAUGCCACACCAACUCAGAGUUAUGACAUUAACUCAUUUAAGAGGCUUGAUAAAAACACAUGUGCCAAAGAAGGAAUUGUAUUUGAUGGAAGUGAUACUCCUCCAGAACCACCCCCUAGUGAACCAGUAUCUGAGGAAACAGACCCAGAAGAUCUGGUUUCUGGAAUAUUAGAUGAGUUACUUUUUGUAGCAUCUGAUGGUGGGGAAACUACUAUAGUUCAAAAAGAUGAGGAUGACAAACAAAGGGAAAAUACACUAUCAAGAGAAAGUAGUGUUGAUCAAGACAUGAACAAUAUAGAGGGAAGUGGCAUGGAUAUUGAUUCUCCAACAGGAAGUGAACUUGACCUUGCAGGAAAAGGUCAAGGUGAUUCUAGUGAAGCAUCAUCAGAAAUACAUAAUUUACAUAUGCAUCUUUUAUUGUACACACAGAAGUUUGACUACAAAAGAACAAUGUAUGCUCUGACUACAAUUAAAUCCAUGUUAUUGACUUGUCCAAGACUUGUAGUUACAGCAAUGGUCACGACCAGCAUCAGUAACAUUAGAACUUCACAGCUUGCUAAAUUGCAGUCAUUGCUUGCACGGCACAGAAAGUCUGUCUUUGGCAAAAAUUUCUUUGGCACACUGCCAGCGGACACUUUAUCUAGUUACCGUAGCAAUAUGUUUAUAGAAGUAGUUAUUUCUGUUUGUCUGUACUUUAUAAGAAGUUACUAUCCAAAUUUUACAAUGAGUAAACUUUCACAAGAAGAAUUAAAUGGCAACAAAGAAGUUCAUAUACUGGCAUGUGAAGUUUUGACAUUACUUAUGUCAGAACUUAUUACGAUUAUGAGGGAAAGUGGGAAGAGUUUCAUGUCCUACAUCAAAGAUUUAUUAACCAGAUGUAAAGUACAAAAGGCACUAUUACAUUGUAUACUUGCCUCUGUAUACAAUGCUAGGAAGAGAUCUUCCACUGAGAAUACACAUAAAAUAUCAGAAACAAUUAUUGCUUUCAAUGAGGAAAAUUUAGAUUCAUCUGCAAAUGAAACAUUCCAAAUAAGAGUUCUCAAUUUAUUGCUAGUCUUAAUUAUGUUAGAGAAUCGUAUUUCCAAAAUUCAAGGUGAACCUGAUCCGUCAAAGAUUUCAGAUUGGGAAAGAUCCAAGAUAGUAUUCCACUCAUCUUUGACGUCUGCUAAAUAUGCGCAUACAUUACCCAUAGUGCAGCAGGGGAUGUUUGUAUCAUGUAUAUUAAGUGCAUUCAAGCAGCCUCACAUGUGUCAUAUGCAUAAACAAUGGAUUGCCAUGGUUACCUCAUCACUUCCAUAUAUGGGCAGAGCUUUGUCGUCAAUAGUCAUGUGUGUGGUAUCGCAGCUUUGUCGGAAUAUUGAGGCUCUAGCAGCAGCAUAUGAAACUAGUCACAGGACAAAGUUAGAGAGAAUUCCACCAGAUCAUGCUGUGAGUAUGUUAGAAGGUCUGACCACAGUCUGUCACUACUGUCUACUAGAUUCAGCAUCUCCUGUGUCUGUGGGACUCCCAGCUCCUACCAGUAACACCAUCACCACAGACUCAGCUAGUGCAGGACAAAUACUCACUAAUUUGAUUCAUGUCUUCAACCCUUCUGGUAAUAACAGGGAUGUCAGCCCACAAAGAGAUCUUGGUCCUAAGGCACCAAUCAUGGAAGCUAGGCGUUCCCUACUUAGUAUCCUGCCAAGAAUUAUAGCAUGUAUGACAGCUUUAUGGAAAGCUUCAGAUUCAGCAGAAAAAAGUAAAAAUAAUCAACAGAAGUAUAUCAUAGGGAGCCCUAAGGUUAUAAAACAACAGAUAAUAGCGUUUCUGAGUCCUAUAUCUGUACCUCAUGGAAAUAAUUUACUUGGAGCAGUGGCAGUUACUUGGAAUGAUUAUAGAAAGAAACCAGUACUGGGUAUGUCUAAAAAGAUGCAGUUAGCAUCCUUACCAAGUGAUGAACAAUUACUUCUAGUCAAUUUAAUCAGUGCAAUUAAAGUACUACCUACAGACACAUUGGUACAGACUGUAAAACAAGUCAUUAAACAACCUCCUCCAUCAGAACUCAGCAAGGCAAAGAAAACUGCAUCAUUAGAAGUAAACAUGUUGCAGUUCUUCUAUGCUUAUGUACAACAAGCUGCUGGUACCCAACUGUUAGAUUCCUGGUCUUCCUUAAGCUCUCUAUUGAGAGAUACCUUACAACUUAAUAUAACACCAUAUGGAAAAUUUCUUUUGCUUCAAAUAUUUAAUGAAUUUGUGCAGAAAACUCCAAUAAUAGAAGAAAAGAAGUAUGUAAAGGAACUACAGGACAUUACACAAAAAUUACUGGAAGCUAUAGGAACGAUAGGGGGUUCUUCUUUGGAACAGACAACAUGGUUACGUCGUAAUUUGGCUGUAAAACCUGGACCACAGACAAACAGACUUGAAGAUGAAGAGACUAGUGAGCUAGAUGAAGAUGUUGAAGUAAUUCAAGAGAGAAAGGUAGUGGAUCCAAAGUUGACCAAUACAUCUGACUCAAAAUAUAGUGUACAAGCUCUCUCAUUACUGGCAGAGUUGAUAGCAGGUUUAUUAGAUGUAGUAUAUACCAGUGAAGAUAAAGACAGGGUACCAACAGUUCUGACUCCUAUAAUGUACAAUGUAUUCCCAUAUCUCAAGAGCCACAGCACUCAUAAUUUACCCAGCUACAGGGCAUGUUCCCAGAUGUUAGCCAGUCUUAGUGGGUACCAGUAUACCAGAAAAGCAUGGCGUAAAGAAGCAUUGGAACUUUUAAUGGAUCCCUAUUUUUUCCAAUUAGACAUGAGAUGUAUUCACUACUGGAGGUGUAUUAUAGAUAACCUCAUGACUCAUGAUAAAACCACAUUUAAAGAUCUUAUGAACAGAGUGACCAUAACUCAGACUGGUAGUAUAAGUAUAUUUAGUAGUAAGGAACAGGAGCUAGAACAGAGAGCAGGAAUGAUGAAACGUCUGGCAUUUACCAUAUUCUGUAGUGAACCUGACCAGUACCAAAAGGCCAUGCCAGAAAUACAAGAGAGGUUAGCAGAAUGUCUGAGAUCAACACAUCAAGUACCAUCUAUUAUGGCUCAAGUAUUCCUGUGUUUUAGAGUAUUGAUACUAAGGAUGUCACCUCAUCAGCUAACAUCACUGUGGCCUACAGUCAUCACAGAAAUGAUUCAUGUAUUUAUGCAGAUAGAACAAGAGUUAUCUAAUGAUACAGAUGAAUUCAAUGUGUUUCUAAGAGGACAAAGCAGGACACAGGUACAAAGGAUAGCUAACUUAGAUUCCAGUUGGGCACAUUUAGGGAAUGGAUUAAACGCUCACAAUAAUCCAGCUUGGUUACAGCUGUAUCUAAGUGUCUGUAAACUCUUAGAUUUAGCUCUUGCUCUUCCCGCUGAUGUAGUCCCUCAGUUCCAAUUAUAUCGUUGGGCUUUCAUUGGAGGAGUUGCUGCUGGUAACCGUGGAGAUGAUGAAGAACCAGAGGAAGAUGAAAAAGAAAAGAAAAGAAAAAAGAAGAGAGAACCCAAAUUUGUUCCACAUAUCAUACGACUUACCAAACUUGUCAAUGAUAGGGUGAAGGGUGCUACACCAAUCGUAAAAACAACGCCAGGACGACCAAUCCUAAAUAUAACUUAUAUGAGAUCGUUAGUAGAACUUCAGCCAUUCUUCAACACUCUGUGUCAUUCUAGUCAGUCAGAUGGUCUAGUCAAUAAACAAUCAGGAAAGAGGUCAAAGGUUACAGUGGACAAAUUGCCAAAAUCAAAAUCUGCACCCUUCUUGAACCAGUUCGAAAGACAGUUUUCAGACUUAUCAUUACAAUUUACCAGUGAUAGACAGUAUAUAGAAGAACUUAUCGAAUGUGAUUUUCUUGAACCGCUACCUGUGUAAUUAUUGGGUGAUAAAAUAAUCAGAUAUACAGGUGCUUGUAGUUAUUGUUAAAACAUUUGGUGUUUUGGUUGUGUAAAGGGACACAGGUAUCCACAUGAAAUAGAAGUUGUUUGGUAAUUCAAAAGUACUAAUUUUAUUACAUUUAUGUCAGCAUUUUUUGACACACAACAUAUUCAUUGUAUAUCUUAUUGUUAAUGUAAAUCAAGAAUGAUAUAAUUUAAUUCUUCUGUUGAAAAACAUCACAGUGAAAUGUUGUAUGUUUUUAUAUGUAAAAACAAAUGCCAAAUUGAUAACAUAUAAUCAGAAAAUAUUGCAUUGUUUUAUUAAUGCAAAAAUGUAACAUAAUAUCCAUUGCUUUAAUAUAUUUAAUGAAAACCAACUUUUUUUAAAAUAAUUUUCUCCAACUCUCUGCUAUUGAUUGAAAUAAAGAUAACAUUAUUGUAAAGUCACCAGAUAUUGGCAAUAAUAAAGCAGUAAUGUCCAAGUUGAAAGUAGAAUUUUUAAGGACUACAAAUUGUCACUGUUUUCAAGGAUAUGAAGGAAUUGUUUUUCCUGAUUCAUGAAAAGACUCAUACUUGGUUGACAAUCUUUAUAGAUUUGUUUUACAGUUAAAAAAAUAGUUGUGUUCAGGGAACAAUAGUGCCAUCAUACAAAUCUUAACGGUGGGGAUGUUUUGAAUGUGAAUUUGUACUAAUCUGUUUUUACUUGUUUUUGUUGUAUUUGAUUUUAAUUGUAUGUAUUGUUAUAAAAUGAUACCAGUUUAGAAAAAUGUUAUUGUAAAAAAAAAAAUUUUGAAGAGGAAUAUUAUCUUGAUAUGAAAGUAAAAUAUUGCAGUGUACUAUAGCUAGUUCCUUGUCAAAUUGUUUUAUUUCAAAGAAACCAGAAUUUAUUUCAAAUUACAUUACAGAAUGAAACCUUUUAUUGUCAGUAAUAAUAUGAUGACUAAGGUAGACAAAAUAUUUUUUUAUAAUUCAUAAAUUAAAUAUUUGUUUAAUUUGAUGUAAUUAUAUAAGUGUUAUAAAUUUAUAUGAUUUAUUGAUAUUGUUUAUGAUAAAAUUACAUUAGUGGUGGUAGAAUCUUAAAAAUUACUUCUUCAACAACAAACUGAAUAAAUAGAGGAAUUUUUAAAAAGAAUAAUUCACUUGUUUUCUAAUCCUUAUGAAAUUGUCAUAUUUGUAAUGUUUAUGCUAUAUUACAAUUAAAUGUUGUUUACACUAUUAAACAAAGAAUUAAGCACAUAAAAAUCCUAAAUUAUUGCCAAAGGAAUACAGUAAGGGCCCAAAUUUCAGGUUCAUCUCACAAACUAUUUUGGACACUUUUUAAACACUUAGUGUCUAUUUCAAUUGAUUCAAUUUGAUUGUGUGAAAUAUUUUAACUGAUUAAGUCAUUAAAAAAACUAAAUUUAAGCUUAAGUAUGAAAAAUCUAUCAAAUAUGCAAAAAAACGUCACUUUUCAGAUGAGUUUGUCAAAAUUUAGAGUGGCCCCAUCUGUGUUCAUCCUCAACCUUUAUAUAUGUUAUGUAUUAUUAUCAAAAACAACUAACAUUUUCAAUGUUAUGAUUGAACAGGAAUGUGGCCACUUACAUUUUAGUCGGAAACCGUCUAAAAUUCAACGAAAAUGCUUAAAUUAUGAAGAUUUCAGUAAUUUAGCGUGUCUUAAUGAGAGUAGUACCCAAUAUAUGUGCAUUGUAUUGUCAAAAGCAGCCCAUAUUUGUGUAGUAGAAACAUUCUACUUUCAAAUAAAUAGCUAAAAGAUUACAUUUUCACAAUUUUGCAAAACUGCUAUAAUUUGGGGACAAAAAGGGGUCGCACUCAUCCUACUCCUUUGACAUUAGUUAGGUUAAACAUUUUAUGUUAUUGUUGAGAGAAAUACUUUCAGAGAUUGACAUCUGACAGAACAAAUCCUAAGCUUAUCUACUUGGUUUGUACCUAAUUUGAAACUCAAAAUAAAAUGAAUUAUAAAAGCUUGGUGUAUUUAGAAUCCUGGGUGCAGGAUUUUUUUC